ACCUCCGGUGGGCUCUCAAACGGAGGCCGGUCGGGCUUCCUGUUGCCCAGAAGACCAGGACUCCCAGUGCUGUCCCAGAAACCGAAACGACGCCCCAUUCCCAGCGAUUAUGGGAUUUGUCGCGGGUUUCCAGACGACUCUUCGGCGGAGCCGUCCGACCCCGUGGAGACUCCCUCUGACAUCACGCCCGUGGACCAAUCAGAGCCCCUGGAUCGCGACGAGGGGCGGGACUUCGGCGUGGCGGAGGCUGCCCUACGAGACGUGGCCACUCUGCGCCGCCUCGUUUUAGGGGACCCGGAGGAAGACGUCCAGAGCUCCGCCCACACGCCCACUGACCCCGAGGCCCCGCCCACUGAUCCCGAGGCCCCGCCCCCUACUGAUCCCGAGGCCCCGCCCCCUACUGACCCCGAGGCCCCGCCCCCUACUGACCCCGAGGCCCCGCCCCCCAACGGCGAGCGGCUGCCCGGGCCUCCGGACGCCGGCCGGCUGCCCGGGCCUCCGGACGCCGGCGUCCUCGGCCUGUGGGACGAGGCCCCGCCCCCAGACCCAGAGGCCCCGCCCCCAGACCCCGGGGCCCCGCCCCCAGACCCAGAGGCCCCGCCCACCGACCCAGAGGCCCCGCCCCCAGACCCCGAGGGGCAGUCCGGUGUCCAGGUGGUCAGGAAAGAAGCCUACAUCACAUCCACAGAGGCAGAUACCAGAAGAGACGCUCCUCAUCAGCAGCUCAGGUUUCGGUCAGCGGAUUGGCCCAGCUCCAACAUGCUCCGCCCCCUUCUCUACAUGUGUGCUGCCAUCACUCUGACAGGUGCUGUGCCAGUGUCAAUAACUGAGAGCACAACGCUGAGCAUCAGCUCCUGUCCCAUCACCUUCUUUGAGAAAGUCUACACUGAAGUCUACGUGAACGUCAGCAGCACUCGAUACUACAUCUGCUUUGAUGGAUUUUUCGAUUCCUCACUCAAACGAGACUGUAUUGAGUUAGGUCGCGGAGUCAGUGGAGGCACUCUGGAAGUCACAAAUGCAUUUUUAUUAAAGGAAGCCGUUAUCAAAAGCGAAGUCAAAACAAUUACAGAAGGCAUGGUUUGCACUGUAUGGUUUUCAGCAGUCAAAGGAGGUACACAGCUUACCCUGCUUCUACAUAGUUUUGGAAAUCAAUCAGUUGCGGACCUACACUACCCAACAUCUUCACAGAUUCCUAUGGAUUUUCAAGUUUUGGUUGAACAAUAUAAAGCUGCUACUCUCGCAGUUCAAAGUAGUGACACAGAUGACAUGGUAGACAUUAGUGGAUGCAGAUAUGCAGGGAUUGGCAUUGUUCCUAAUACCAAUACAGAAAUACCUGAGAACUGCCAAGUUGUAUCAUGCAGUUUGAACAGAACCGUAACACUAACAGAAAAGUGCAAUGCCUGGGAAGGCUGCAAUGGUAUUGGAAGAUGUGUGGGCAAGUACAUGUGCACAGUGACCGGCCCCACUGUCGUCGACGUACUGGGCUCAGUUAGCUCUGUGGAGGAUCGCUGCUCCUACGCAUUGAUUAGGAACAACCGUCUGAAGAUUGAAAUACAAGGCAGCUUCAGGGAGCGCCGUCGCACAGACGUGAGCUUUCUGGACAGCUUGACAGUGACAUUUCCGAGAAUAGAGCUUCACCUGGAACAGGGCGGUAGAGUCCUGAAAGACGGCGUGUUGCUGGACCUCAACAGCACAGUCCAGAACUUUGAAAUGAUUGAUUUGUUCAAAGACCACACUGGAGUACAUGCGUCAGCGAAGAUCCAAGGUGUGACGGUGAUGUCAUUGUUUUUUGAUGGUGACACAGCUCAGAUCUAUGCAGAAGACCUUGUUCAGUAUGGUUUGCAGUAUUUCUCUGGCCUGUGCGUGAACUCCAGCUCCUUUUCGGAUUCCAAGCACCGUCAGCAGAGCUCCUCCAGCUGUGACACUCCGUAUACCGAACCUGCCGACAGUACAAUCAACUGCACCGCCGUGACUGAUCGCUGCAACCUGCUGAUGGACGCCCCCUUCUCCUCCUGCCACGAAGAGAUCGACCCCGCGCCCUACAUCACCGCAUGCUCGGACACUCUGUGCAAAUACCCAGAAGUGGACGGUCUCAGGUGUCAGUUCCUGGGCGCCUAUGCCAAAGCCUGCAGCAUGAACAACAGCACACUGGAGGGAUGGUGGUCGGAGGCUGAGUGCCCCCCCCCCACGGACUCCUGUCAGGACCAGCUCUGCAGUGACGAUGCCUUCUGUGGAGCGUCGGACGGUGACGCCGCCUGUUUCUGUAGGGCCAUAAAAUCAUCCAAGUACAGAGAAUCAGGCACUCUGGGGGACCCCGCAGUCUGCACAGAGGGCUCUGCCACUGUCACUUUCCUGGGCUGCCUCCUGAGGGAGAAAGGCAUCGACUACUCUGUCUUACAUCUCAACGAUGAGAGCUGCAAGGGAGAGAGAGACGAGGGGAACGACACGGUGACUUUCAGCUUCAACAGCACCAACCCCUGUGGGGUGGUGGUCACGGCCAACGACAGCCAUGUGACUUACGAGAACACCAUUAUGAGCCCAAACGCCUCCUCCGGCGUCAUCACUCGCCAAGACCAAAUCUCUAUCGACUUCUCCUGCACUCAAGUUCAGCCAGAGAUGAAGACUGUGGGCUUCAGAGUCAAAGACAGCUCUGUGGUCCAGCACAUCAGAUCUGGAACUCUGAAUUACACUUUGACCAUGAAGGCCUUCACCGACGCCGGCCGUACAACACUUGUGGAUCCGAACACCGACGUGCUGCUGAACCAGAAGGUCUGGGUGGAGCUGGAGACGGACGGGCUGGAUGGAAACUUGGUCGCUCUGGUAAUUGACUCCUGCUGGGCAACAAGCCAGAGUUCACCCACCAGCACCCCGAAAUACGACCUGAUCCUGAAUGGCUGUGAAAAUCCCGACGAUCGGACGGUGGAUGUCGAGAAAAAUGGAGAAGGAACCCUCAGCUACUUCGCCUUCAAAAUGUUUGAGUUUUCUGGGAAGUCUGGUGAGGUCUACCUGCACUGCGGACUGCAGCUGUGUGCCAAGAAGGACAACAGUUGCAUCCCGUUUCCAUCUUCCAGGAUUGUUCAGGUGGCGGUAAGAGAAGGAGGAGGUCUGCCAGGUCCAAGUUCAGACGUGGAAGUUCAGCUUUCAUCAGCAUGGCCUGGAGUAAUUAGGUGACUGAAUGACCGAUCCUUCCUGACGACCUCUGACUCCUGUCUGGUCCUGUUCUGGAGCUUGGAUGUGUGAACAUAUGAGCUCAGAUCCUGACCUUUUCUCUGCUUAUUUCCAACCUGGUGAAGGACCCCAUUAAAUUUUUCGUUGAAACUUUUUUAGAUAAUCUAAUGUUUAUCCGAACCCCUGAUAAAUUUGGUAUAAUCGCAUAUUAUCAUUAGUCUUUAUAAGUUGGUAAAAUCAUCAAAUGGGGGAUAAUAUAACCACUAAUUGAUUUUUCUGUGCUGGUGAUGUUUUGUUAGCUUUUUAGGACAGGGUUUAUUUCCAAGUUUAAAUCCUUUAAGAUACAAAUGAAGAAAUCAAAUCAUGAAUAGAUUGAAGUAGAAAUGUGUGAUUGGAUGCUUUUGAUUGUAAGAAAAUGUUUUUAGCUGUUUGUUUGAAGGGAAAUGCUUUAAGGUAAAUAAGGUAGAGACAGCCUGCUUUGGGCUUUGCAAAGAGCGUCAAAGUUAGUUUGAAGUGAAUCUGCAGCCAUGCAGCGAUUAUUCACCGAACACCAGUUUUUAUUCACUGUUUCUGUUGUGCUGUUUUCAGACCACAGUGUUUGUGACAGUUUGGAUCAACUGAAACAGGCUGCUGUGCUCUCCGUUUUUGUUUCUGUGUGUUCAGCAUAUGAAAGACCAAAAAAAAUAAAAAUAAAAUGAAGGUGAUGGGA